UAAACUCUAACUAGAAAGUAUUACAUUCCUUUAUAGAAUUGUAGCCACUUUUAUAUUAAGUACCUGGUAUUUGUUAGCUGGUUUGCAAGCAUUUUUCUACCGUUACUUAAAAUAGCAAGAACUCUUUUCAAUAUUUAGUUGUUCGGACAUAGUAGGUCACUAUAAUGGAUAUUGGCACGUAGUCGACUUAUUUAGUUGCGGGACUGAUUUCGUGCGGAUUAUCGGUUAACGCGUACCAAAUAUUACGAGGAACUCAACGUGUUAUUAUUGGUAUCAUGUAAGUUUAUAAUAAAUUACAUUAUUAUAUUUCCUGGUAAUUGUCCAGUCUCCAGAGGUGCCGCUGGUUUUUGAUUUUAUGUAUAAUUUGUGUUUAUGAAAAUAUGUUCAUCGUUUUUGGGCUAUUGCAGCCGGAUGGCGAACCUUUUCGGGGUCAUGGUAAAAUUUGAAUUCAAAUUUUUUUAAAUAUACUCGCGCGCCAAAAAUGAUUUUUACUGGGUAAAAUUAAAGAAAACGCAUGCAAUUUUAUAUUUAUUUUUGCAUGACUUUAAAUUUUGCCAACUUGUCACUUUUGUAGGUGUGCUAUCCUAUGGCAUACUCGUGCGAUAGUCCGGCAGAAAAUUUUAUCUUAUCAUUGUCACUAAAAAAUAUAGAUGUAGAUAAAAUUAUUUACAGCCAUGAUAUGAACCAGUCGACUACUGAUCAAAUUGCCUUCCAUGCCUUCCACCCUUACCGUAUAUAGUUUGAGAUAUGGUCAAAUCAUCCACCCGGUUGCUACCUCCAGCUAUGGUAUGGCCAAUGAAUGGAAGAAUAUUUUGAUAGUUAUUAUGAUAUACCUAACCCACGAUUUAAGAUAGUAUAGAUAGUAUAUAUUAUCUUAAGUCGUGACCUAACCUAAUCUAGCUCGGAAGGGAUACUUGUUGAGUUAAACACGUGUUUAUGGUGCACAGAUUUUCUACACUUGUUAGUAUAUAGUUCUGUGCUCGAUGUUCGACUGUUCUUGUGGUUUUUUUAUUGUAAACAAUUAUUAACAUCACAAAUUUAAUCAAAAGUACUUUUUUUUUGAAAAUAUUAUUGUCUUUUAAUAGUUCUAACACUCGUACUCAAUGGCUAAUAAAGAUUUUUUUAUUUAUACUGAUCGAAGUCAAUUGCAAACACCCUCUACUGUAGAGUAUAGGGUUCAAAAGCUACUAGAUCCGAAAGAAUUAAAACCAUCUAUAAAAGCAUGUUACGAGGAUUUGAAAUCAGAAGGUGCACAGUCAAUAUUUAAAAAUUUUGACAAACUUUUUUCUAUGAUUGAGCUUAUUGAUCAAAUUGACUUCCAUCAGUUACACUUUGUUUAUGAAAAGAUUCUUGUUAAUAGUUUAAAUAUUAUUGCAUCACAUUUCAUGAGUUAUGGAGAAAUUGAAGACAUGCCACUAGAUUUGAAACAUCAGUUUAAAAAUAUCAUAAAAAUGAAUAUUUACCUCUUUGUUGAGUUUGUUCAUAGUUUUAACACAAAAUUUGAAACUCAUUAUAAAGAAUAUAAAUUAUUACUUCUUGAAACAAAAGGUAAAAAUAAAAAGCAGGACGUGAUUCAAAAACAUAUUUCUGAUUAUAAUUGGAAUUGGGAAGACAAAUUGAGUAUUGGGUUUAAAGCAAUAAACAGUAUUAUAUCAAAUAACAUUACUCAAUUGAAUGAUCCUCCUUAUAUUGAUCAUACUUUAAUAUCGUAUAUUGCUUUUUGUUGUUACACUCAAUUGGAAAAUCCUAAUAUUGCUUUGGUGCGAACUAAAUCACUUUGUGACAGUAUUAUGCAAAUUCUAGCAAUAUUUAUUACAGACUAUGAUCAUACAGAACAAUUUAAAAUCAAAGUAGUUCAUCUGCUAAAAUUAUAUGAACAUUUAUCAUUGCCUCUGGCUAAUAUUGUUUUACAAGUAAUUAAGUCUGGAAAUAACCGAUCUUCAUUAAUCGAACUAAUUAUUAAAGAAAUCGCAGAAACAGGAGAAGUAGAUAGUAUAAAAGAAAUCAAUAAUCAGGAAAUAGCUGGUGGUAAAUCUUGUUGUGCUUUUCUUGUGGAAAUUGCCAGACAUUGCCCUCAAUUAUUAUUGCCAAAUAUUGAACAUUUGUUGCCAUGCUUAGAAAAUGAUCCGUACACUAUGAGAAUUUGUGUCUUGAGCGUUUUGAAAGAAUUGAUUAUUCAUGUUUUAAAUAAUGAUGAAUUAAAUGAGUUUGAAAGGAAAACAAGAAACGAUUAUUUAAUAACUAUGCAAGAUCAUCUAUUAGAUGUAAAUGCAUUUGUCAGAUCUAAAGUAUUACAUUUGUUUACUGAUAUAAUAAAUGUAGACUGUUUACCAAAACAUAUGUAUGGAAUAAUAUUAGAUUGUGCUGAAGAAAGACUACAUGACAAAAGUGCAUAUGUUACAAAACGUGCUAUUCAACUUAUCAUAGCGUUAAUCAAAUUAAACCCUUUUAGCUAUGACUUUUCAGAAGACAAACUACAUGAUAAAUUAAAAGAAGAAAACUAUACUUUAAAAUGUACGAAAAUAUUGUAUAAACUUAAAAUAGAUAGUGAAAUUGUCAAAGACGAUUUGUGGCCAUCAAUUGAGAUAUCUUUAAAAUUAUUUUUAGAGUUAACUUUUGAAGAUAAAAAUGUUGACACUUUUGGCAAAGUUGAAGUAUUAAAGGAUAUGGAGUUACCUGAAGUUUUGUUAAAGAUAAAAAGUUCUAUUACUUCUUACAAAUUUAAGUCCGCUUUAAAAUAUUUAUUAUGUGGAAGAGAAACAUUCAAGGAUGAACCACUAUUUCAAGUGCAAGAUGAAAAUAAUUUGUCAGACCAAUAUAUUAUUGUGUUAAAAAAUAUUUGGUACUACGAAAAUCCAAUGAUAUCAAUGGAUUUAAAUAACAUUGAAAAGUUACAACGAAUGAAUUCAAAUGAUUUACAUAUGCAUAUUUUCUCAACAGAAUUGAAAAUUAUGCAUCUUCAGAAUUGUGACAAAUAUUUGCAUACUAUUAAAAAGGCAUUAAAUACUAUAAGUCAAUUGAUGUUUGGUAAUACUUCAUCAGAGUCAUUAGAAGCUAUUGAUUUUUUUACAACCGCUUAUCAAUUUGGUGUACCUCAUACUCAGGCUGGAAUUGAUGCUAUGCUAACGUUGAUAUAUUCAUCCGAUAGUAAAAUUAAAGAAGCUAUGAUGAAUUCUUAUAAAACAAUAUAUUUGAAUAUUGAAGAGGACAUUGACACUUCUACUACACGAGCUGAAACUAUUAUGACCAGACUUGUAAGUUUAAUAAAAACUUUAAGUGUCACUAAUAGAAAAGCAUUUAAAGCUUUACUUAUUGAAUGGAUAAAAAAUAAAACACUAGAUGAUGAAUGCAUUACGGUGUUAUGGGCAUGGUUCAGUAAAUCUAAAGAUAUCUCUGAAGAAGAUCAAGUAGUUGCUGCUCUUAUGUUAUCAUUGCUUGCCAGCCGCACAACCUCUAUGGCUAUGGGAAAUUUAGAUAGUAUUCUCCAAUAUGGAUUAUGUGGCAAUCAUCAAUUAUUUAUUUAUUCUUGCAGUAUAUUGGAAUCAAUAACUCAUAAAAAUUAUAAAAGAUUUACUGAAAAUCACGAGUUAGUUCCAAAGGUAUUUAAUGUAGUACAAAAAUGUUUUAAUGAAAGUGAUGAUCAAUUAUUCAAUGGUGUUGCUUCAAAUGCUGUGAACAUAAUUUAUAAAUUGACAAUUAAACCAGAUAUUACUUGUAUGCGAUUUAUUAAAGAAUUGUAUUCUUCUAUGAUAAAUAAACAUGAUCCUCCUCAGCAGGAAGAUGACCAAGUUCUAUUUGAUUCUGUGAUGUUUGGAAAAUUGAUUUAUAUCAUUGGUCAUAUUGCACUACAGCAGUACAAUCAUUUGGAAAAUUACGUAGCAAAAGAAUUAAUUCGAAAAGCUAAAGCUAAAUAUCAAAUUAAAAGUUCGAAAGUUAGCAUAGCUAAAGAACGUGAUGAUGAACAUGAUUCAGAAAUAGAGGCUGAAAUAGAGGCUAUAAAUGAUCAUAUUCGACUGAUAUGUGAUGAAAAACUUGUAUAUGGAAAUGGAAUUUUUGCUCGUUUUUCAAAAUAUAUAGUAGACUCAUGUGUCUCUAACCAUAAAUAUUUGAAGUCAAGUGCUAUCACAUCAUUGAUCAAAUUCAUGUUGAUUUCCUCUAAAUUUUGUACAGAACAAUUACCGAUGUUUCUAAAUCUAAUUGAAAAUUCAGACAACUUUGAAAUAGUCAUUGAUCUCGUAUCUGGAUUUGGCUGUUUAAUUUUCAAGCACCCAAACUUGUUGGAACCUUGUAUUGAUAAACUUUAUGCAAGGUUACAUGAUAAAUGCAAUCUAGUACGCUAUAGUACUUUAAUGACCAUUAUAGACCUUAUACGUCAAGAAAUGAUUAAAGUUAAAGGAAAAAUUGCUGGUAUUGCUAAACUGCUUGUCGAUGAAGAUGAAACUAUUAAUUACACUGCAAGACAAUUUUUUGGAGUUAUUGCAGAAAAAGGAAACACUCUUUACAAUGUCUUAUCUGAUAUUAUUUCGAUCUUGUCCAAUCCUGAAGAUUUGGUACCAGAAGAUGAUUUUCUGUCAAUCAUGAAAUUUUUACUUCCACUCAUUAAGAAAGAACGCCAAAUUGAAUCUAUAGUUAACAAAUUAUGUACAAGACUAAAAGAAUCAAAUGAUAAAACUCAAGAAUAUUAUAUAUCUUAUUGCUUGAUGCUUAUUAAGUAUACAGACAAAAGCUUAACUAAGCUCUCAGACAAUAUAUCAUGUUACAUGGAUAAACUUAAAAACCCUAAAGUUUACAUGAGCUUUAAUAAACUUAUAAGUACUAAUUCUAAAAUGGCAAAACCAGCCACUAAAGAAAUAUUAAAUGAAUUAAGCAGGAAGAUUGAAAAAAUUGUAGAAGAUUAUGACAAUGCUGAUCCAAUUUUGAUAAGAAAUCCUAAAAAAUGUUUAAGUACAGUGAAAAAGAAGAUACCCAUUAGUAUUGCCAAUGAAUCCUCAGAAAAUGAAAUUGAACCAUUAAAGUUAGUAACAAAACAAAGUGGUAGAUGUCAAAACAAAGUUAAAAGGAAACUUAUAGAAAAGAACAGUGAAGGAGGAGAAAAUGAUGAGGAGCUUGCUCAUAUUAAAGCUAAUGAAGAUAGUGAAACUGAUUAUAGUGACAUCAAUAUAAUUAAACGAGCUAAGAAACAAAAUGAGUAAAAGUUCAACUAGUUUAACUCCAUAACCUAAAUCCUAAAUAAUGACAUAUUAUCACAAAAAAUAUCUUUCUUUAUUUUAUUAAAUCGUAAAAAAUAGUUAAUAAAUGUAUCAGUUAAAUAAAACUUUUUUUUAAUAUAGAAUAAAUUGGACGUAUUUUUUUUUUUUUGCAUAUAAGUUAUUGUUUUGUGUCAAAUCAAUGGUAUAUAUUAUAUAUAUAUAUGAAAAACGUAUAUUAGGGUUGGGUUAAGUCUUUUUUUUCCAAUAUAAUAAAUAGUAUUCAUGGAAUGAUUUUUUUUUUUUUGCAUGUAAGUUAUUAAUUUGUGGCAUCAAAUAAAUAAUAAUAGGAAUACUUACUAACUUUCCAAAAUAU